AGGUGACUCGUUUUCUCAACUCAAGCGUAGAUUCACCAAGAGCCUCUUUUACUCCGAUAAAAACGUCGGUGACGUACGUGACUCCCUCUAUUACACUUACAUGAAGGGACUUUAACAGGGGAAUUAAUUAUAAAUGUCUUAUUUUAUGUAUCGGAUAUGGCCUCUUCUUCUCCUGGGAGGACUGCUGGUGCCAGGGGUGCGACAUGUCAGUGCAAUUGAUAUUUACACUCCAGCUGAGGUGGAAGCGCUCAACGGGACAGAUGUGAGACUCAAGUGCACCUUCAGCUCCACUCAUCCAGUGUCGCCCAAGACCCUCACAGUGUCCUGGAACUUCCGGGGACUGAAUUCAAGAACUGAUGAGUCGGUGUUUUACUACCAUGAAGUACAAUACCCUCCCGAGUCAGGGCCUUUUAAAGGUCAUGCGGUGUGGUCGGGAGAUAUUAUGAGAAAGGACGUCUCCAUCACCCUUCAGCAGGUGCAGCCAACCUUUAAUGGCACCUACGUCUGCCAAGUGCGCAACCGACCAGAUGUGCACGGCAGUAAUGGAGAGAUCACCCUCAAAGUUGUCAACAAAGUGUCCUACUCUGAGAUCGGCAUCCUGGCAAUGGCAGUGGGAGGCGCCUGUGGUGUAAUCCUGUUAAUCCUCAUCAUCGUUUUGGUGGUGAGGUACUGCAAGAAGAGGCACAUGGAAGACGAUAUUGAAAUGCACUCGCGGGAGUGGACGGACCCGACUGUGUGGUGAGGGCCAGGGAGCUGGAGCUCCUCUCCUCUCCUCUUCUUGGGACUGCUGUGGCUGUUUGGGUAGAGACAAAUGAAAGCAGGGGAGAAAGGUGUCUUUUCUUCCAUGUUUGCUCCUCCAAUGUGAUUCCCUCCUAUAUUAUUAUAGUUUAUUUGCUUCAGUAUUAGAUACAACGUGCCACCCUUCCCAGUUGUUGUAAUGCUACAUUGUUAUAUGUUCAUCUUUAUGUUUUAUAUGUUUUUACUGAAAGUUGCCCAUGAUUAGUGCUGAGUCGGAGAUGUAAAUAUGGAUUAAUUUGCUGUUCUUGAAACUUGGUUAUAAACCUCAAUUCACAGCAGCAGCUGACCGCACCAAUCAAAGCUCUUUUUAUCACAAUAACCCUGGAAUAGUUUGUUAUUACCACUUUAAAAAGACACUAGUUAUUUAAUCAGUAAGUUUUAUAGAAUUAUGCUUUGAUAAAUAAUCACUUGAAACAUGGUUAAUUAUAUCCCUGACAAUCACUUCAAAAACAAUGCUGCUGCAGUGAAUUGAGUCACAUCCUCUUAUUUUAAACCCAGAGAACCAUGAACUGGUUUUGGUGAAGAAAUGCUCACGCUCAUUUAAUGUUGUGGUCAUUUUUAUCCACGGAAAGGAAGCAGUGCAUCAGUUCUCUGGGGUGCUCUGGUUGGGUUCGUUUCAAGCUGAGCAUUCUGGGUAUUGUAUUCUUUCUCUGUAAAUCUUGCAAUGGACAUUUUCACAAGGUAAACCAGUGUAAGCCACUCUUUUGUUUAUUUGCUACAUUUAUCCAUGAAUAGCCCAUCUCACUGUUUACGUGUGUGUGUGUGUGUCGAUGCGUGCGUGUGACUGAUUUUGUUUUGGGGGCCUGCGUCAGUAAACCUGAAGAGGCAGUUCACCUGAAACUUGUGACAAAGGAGAAAGAAGUUGAUAGUUCAGACGAUGAGGAGUCUGAACCCAGCAGCGGAGAUGAUGAAGAGGAAGAAGGCAAAGAAGAUGGCGAUGAUGAUGAUGAUGAUGAUGACGAGGACGAUGGUGGUGAUGAUGAUGAUGAUUGAUAUCAGACAGAUUCCAUUGAUUAGAAUUCUUUUGCAAUUCAUUUAAAUGGGUGAAUUGUCCAUGUAACUUAUUGUACAGAUUUCAGUGCAGUGGCUGCUGAAAUGCAGCAUUGCAGUUAAAGUUAAUUUCAGCAUGUUUUCUAGAUGUGGUUUGAUGGAUUUGUGUCUCAUUUGUUGCACGUGAUGGAUGCAGCUUUGCUCUUCCAUUCUAAUUUGACUGGAUUUCCAUACAGCAACGACUAGAAAUGAAUUGCCUCAGAUCAAUGUCAUGAAUAUUCAUGAGUUUUCAUGUUAAAUAAAUGGGCUAUAGAUUUUUAAGAAGUGGAGCCAGUUUUACUUAGGCUGAUUACUUACAACAACCACACACUAAUGCACUCAGUGUUUGUGUUGUCUAUGCUGCCGUCAGAUCAAACAAUUGUUCAGCUCACUUUGUAAAAGUAUCAGCUGAGAGUAGACAAAUUAAAAGUAACAGUAAGAAACAGCUUUUAACUGUGUCACAGCUCAGCGUUACAGGGUUUUUGGAUGCUGCCUGAAAAGAUUAUUGCUUCCAGAUUUUCCAGCAUCAGAUUUACAAAUGAUAAACCAAGUAAGGGUGUUUACUACAGUACAUGGGCAACAUUGCACAAGUGAUUUUGUACUUUGAUUUUGUAUAUAGUGUUAAAUAAGCAGAGCCCUACACUUGUUGAAUGUCAUAUACAUAUGAAUUUAUCAAUUUUGGAAUAAAGACCUUUUUGAAAUAAA